GUCUCGUUCCAGUUCCAGGUCGCGUUGUUUGCAAAAUGGCGGCAACACCGGCUUCAAACCCAUCACAGUUGCUACCACUCGAGCUGGUGGAUAAAUGCAUCGGCUCCCGGAUACACAUCGUCAUGAAAAACGAUAAGGAGAUUGUCGGCACCUUGCUGGGGUUCGACGACUUCGUCAACAUGGUGCUCGAGGACGUCACUGAAUUUGAGAUCACACCUGAGGGCCGACGGAUAACGAAACUGGAUCAGAUUCUCCUCAACGGAAACAACAUCACCAUGUUAAUCCCAGGAGGAGAAGGACCGGAAGUGUGAGGCGGCCAGAUCAUAUUUCAGCUUUCACUUUGAUGAUUAUUAUUUUUUUAUGAAUGCAUUGUGUUUGAAUGGUGUUUUUUUUUUUUUUUUUUUUUGUCUGAAACAUGCCCUGAGUCUAUGUUAGUGUGAUGUCUGAUUAUGUAUCAGAAUGAAGAGUUGAGUUUCACAGUGAGCAUGGUUUUCAUCUGUUAUUGAAAAAAUAAAGACUUUUGUGGAGUAUGAA